UAAGGAGCAGACAAUGUCAGGCAUUCUCAGCGGCUCUGGCUGGGUUUCCCCCAAGGGUCUGAAAUCUCCUCACCAUGCUCUGGGUUCCCCUCAUUGUCCUACUGGGGACGUGGUGCACAGGUUCCAGCUCGCAGACUGUGGUGACUCAGCCGCCCUCAGUGUCAGUGUCCCCAGGAAACACCGUGAAACUCUCCUGCACCAUGAGCAGUGGGACCAGCAUCAGUAGCUACACUGUGUAUUGGUACCAGCAGAAACCUGGGAAUUCUCCACAGUACCUGCUGUAUUACUAUUCGGAUUCCAACAAAGGCCAGGGCUCUGGGGUCCCUGCUCGCUUCUCUGGUUCCAAAGACACAUCCAGUAACACCGGCUAUCUGACCAUCUCUGGGACACUGGUAGAGGAUGAUGCUGAUUAUUACUGUGCUGUGUGGCACAGCAGGGCUCUUCCCGGUGACACAAUCAGAUGGGGAAGUGAGACAAAGAGAAUCAGAGGGUUCCAGCCACAGACCCAUUUGCCUCAGGAAGCCGAGCUCGUCUGGAUUCCCACCAUGGCCUGGGCCCCUCUGCUCCUUACGGUGCUCACUUACUGCUCAGGUUCUCUGGCCCAGUACGUGCUGACUCAGCCGCCUUCAGUGUCUGUGUCUCCAGGGCAAAAUGCUCAACUCACCUGCUCAGGGAACAACAUUGGGGGCAAGUACGUGCACUGGUACCAACAGAAACCUGGCAGCGCCCCGCUACUUGUUAUAUAUGAGGAUAGCAAGAGACCCUCUGGAAUCCCCGAUCGAUUCUCUGGUGCCAACUCCGGUAACACGGCCACGUUAACCAUCACUGGAGUCCAGGUACAGGACGAGGCUGAUUAUUACUGUCAGGUGUGGGACAGCAGCGCUGCUCACAGUGACACAGCCAGAUGGGGAAAGAGAAUUGGAGGGUCCCGGCCACAGACCCGUUUGCCUCAGGAAGCCGAGCUUGUCUGGAUUCCCACCAUGGCCUGGGCCCCUCUGCUCCUCACGCUGCUCACGUACUGCUCAGGUUCUCUGGCCCAGUACGUGCUGACUCAGCCGCCUUCAGUGUCUGUAUCUCCAGGGCAAAAUGCUCAACUCACCUGCUCAGGGAACAACAUUGGGGGCAAGUACGUGUACUGGUACCAACAGAAACCUGGCAGCGCCCCGCUACUUGUUAUAUAUGAGGAUAGCAAGAGACCCUCCGGAAUCCCCGAUCGAUUCUCUGGUGCCAACUCCGGUAACACGGCCACGUUAACCAUCACUGGAGUCCAGAUGCAGGACGAGGCUGAUUAUUACUGUCAGGUUUAUGACAGCAGCGCUGCUAUCUUCGGCGGCGGAACCCAGUUGACCGUCCUUGGUCAGCCAAAGGCAUCUCCUACCGUGCACCUCUUCCCUCCAUCCUCGGAAGAGAUAAGUACAAAGAGCAAAGCCACACUGGUGUGUCUGCUGGGCAGCUUUUACCCAGGGUCAGCCCAAGUGACCUGGAAAGCUGACGGCAAGCAGAUCUCCACUGGAGUGGAGACGACCAAACCAUCCAAACAGAGUGACAACAAGUACAUGGCCAGCAGUUACCUGUCUCUGGCUGCAUCAGAUUGGAAGACCCAUGAGACCUACACCUGCCAGGUGACACACGAUGGGAAGAACAUCGAGAAGUCUUUGCAGCGCUCACAGUGUUCUUAACCUUCUGACCCUCAGAUGGCUCAGCUGGUCCUUGUGUCUAUCAGUAGAGUUUUCCCCAAAAGAGCUGGAAUCAGUCUGUAGCAUCACCUUAAUGCUGAUCUCCAGCAGCUCUGCUUCCUGUUUGAUGUGGGGGAUCUUUGACGAUCCUUUUGAUAUCUGCUUUUAUUCCUAUGUUCCCACUGCUCUCACCCCCUGCAUUCCCUGGAAAUGUCCUUCCUGCUUUAGUCUCUGAUGCAGCCUUGUUAUGAUAUUAAUAAAACCAGAAACAUUCAGCUUUCGCUGUCUGUGAAGAGUUAAAAUUAUUGUCUCUUUCAAAUGUUUUCAAAAAGUUGUUUAUCGUGAUUCUGCAAUAAAAGAUGGACAUUUAUCUGCCAA